AUGGCGCUACCGUCACACAUCGUCAUCGUGGGAGGAGGGGUGUUUGGAUUGUCCACCGCACUGGCCCUGACCAAGCGGCACCCCGAAUCCCAAAUUACAGUGGUGGAUCGGGGGCCGAUUCCGGACCCGGCCAAGUGGCCCGUCGACAACUCGCGAAUCGUACGCGCAGACUACGCGAACGUAGCCUACUCUAAACUGGCAACGAUCGCCAUCGAGCGCUGGCGUAACACUGACUGGGGCCGCAACGGGCGGUACACGCAGAACGGGCUGCUGCUUAUGUAUCCGGACGACGGCACCAGCACCAAGGAAUACGCGCGCAAGAGCUACGAUAAUGUCAAACCGGUAGGACGGGAUAACGUCGAGUUCCUGCCCUCCAAAGCCGAUAUACUCAGGGCAUUCCCGACCGCGGACAGUGAUAGGCUGGAUGUCGCGGGCGGGUACGUGAACUGGGGCGCGGGCUUAUCGGACGUCACGGCGAGCUUGCGCUUCGUGAAAGAGCAGUUGGACCGUGAAGGAAAGGUCGUGUUUCACACCGGUUACGCCAACCGCGUGCUAUACGAUUCACCGGACGACAGACCAGGCUCUAAGCCCCGGGCCACAGGCGUCGCGCUCUACGGGGGCCUAUCUAUCCACGCGGACCUAGUCAUUCUCGCUACAGGCUCGAAGACCUGGACUGGAUUGGUUAGUCUGCGCGACGGGACCGUCCUCACAUCCCGGGCAACAGCGUUCAUGCGCGUCUCCGACGAAGAGCAGCGGGAGCUGGAAAACCUACCGACCAUCCACAACAUACACACGGGGAUUUGCGUCCUGCCGCCGAGAGAUAAUUGCCUGAAGAUCGCGCGCUGUACCUAUAUAUACCGCCACGAGACUCCGGUGAACGCCUCCGAGGAGGACUUCACUUUCCCGGGCAACGUCGUCCCUAUCUUAGCAACAGAUGCCUUCCGUACGGUACUAAAGCAACUACUGCCGCAGUUCGCUGAUCGGUCGUUCUCCUCUCUGAACGUGAGUCGGCGGGCGGAGAGUCCAAAAGCCGACUUCACCGUAUCCUACCACCCCGCCUACGAAGGCCUCUUCCUUGCUAUUGGCUGCAGCGAACACGUAUCCAAGUUUUUCCCGGUGAUUGGCGAUAAGGUUGUCGAUGCGCUGGAGGGCUCGCUCGAGCUUGAACUGCGUGACUUAUGGGCGUGGACGGGUGGCCCGGUGCCUGUUUCUAAUGGGGAGGAUGGGGAAGAUCGCUUUUGA